AUGGCGGCCUCGGCGAAUGAAUGGGCGAGCCUCAAAGGGGCCACUCUGAGCAAACCGACGUUGAGUGUUCUGCAGGACUGCCUUCACUUCGCCACGAUGGCGCCCGUCCAGGCCCGGGUCGUACCUUUACUUCUGUCGAACUACGACGUUGUGGUGGAGGCGGUGACCGGGAGCGGGAAGACGCUGGCCUAUUUAAUCCCCUGCGUGGAGAUGCUUCUUCGGCCGGCCUGCCAGGCGGUCUGCCGGAGCCGGCGGAAUGCCGUGAUCGCGAUGGUGGUGCUCCCCUCCCGCGAGCUCGCCCAGCAGGUCUUCCACAUCACCAAAACCAUCCUACGCUACCUCACGCGGGAGUACAAGCCGGACCCCCCGGUGAGCCUGCCGGAUUAUUCCUACCGCUGCUAUAUCGGCGGCCGCGAUGUCAAACUCGACGUCGGGGACUUCGAGCGGGAAGGGGGGAAUGUUUUGAUCGGGACCCCGGGCCGGUUGUACGAGCUUUUGGUGUCCUCCGCCUACGCCGGGAUGUUUGACUGCGCGGCCUUCGAGCUGCUCGUCCUGGACGAGGCGGACCGGCUGCUGGAGUUCGGCUUUAAAGCGAAGCUCGACGCGCUGCUCAAGCGGCUCCCCAAACAACGCCGGACGGGGAUGUUCAGCGCCACGCAAACGAAAGAAUUGGCGGCGAUCGCCCGGGUGGGGAUGCGGAAUGCGAUUUCGAUCACCGUCCGGCUGCACUCCGCGGGGGGCGGCGAGGUGGACCGGUCGAAGCCGCAGAUCCCCGACCGGCUGCGGAAUUUCUACGCCUUCAGCCCGGCCUCGGAGAAGUUGGACCGGCUGCUGGAGUUCCUCGCCGCGCAUCGCGAGGCGAAGGUGGUGGUCUACACCAUGACCUGCGCCGGGGUGGACUGGCUUUACGAGGCCCUGAGCGGCGUUCUUUUGGCGGACGACGCCGCGCGGGUCUUCGCCCUGCACGGCCAAAUGCGCCUGGCGCGGCGGCAGAAGGUCCAGCGCGCCGUCAUGCGCGCCGCGCGGUGCGUGCUCGUCGUGACCGACGUGGCCGCCCGCGGGCUCGACAUCCCGGAGGUCGGGGUCGUCGUGCAGUUCGACCCCCCAGUGGAUCCGCACACGUUUAUCCACCGCAUCGGCCGGACCGCGCGGAUGGGGCGGCAGGGCCGCAGCCUGGUGCUGCUCCUGCCGCAUGAGCUGGACUACGUCGGCUUCAUGGGCCUUCAAAACGUCCCGCUUCUGCCGCUCGACGAGGCGCGGGACUCGCUCGAGGCCGCGCGGGAGCGGAUCGACCAGCUCAACGCGCGCCGGACGUUGUUUAGCGCCCAGCCGGUGGAUAAGCGAAAGAUGAUUCACCAAUCCCACCGCCAAAAGCAGCUCACGCGGCGCGAGCGGCGGGCGAAACUCCACGAGGAGCAUCUUAGCAAAGCCGCCGGGGCCGCACGAGCGCGGGCCGAUCGAAAAGAAGUCUUGGGCGAUUUAUGCGAGAGCCCGUCGGUCCUAGCGCUGCGCCGUGCGGCUUGUAGUAAUGAAAAGCUCUUGAACUUAGCCACCCGAGCCUUCGUUUCGUUUAUUCGAGCCUACAAAGAGCACGAAUGCCGCCAUAUCUUUCAGCUUCAGAUGAUCGAUCUCACCGAUCUCACGCACGGGUUCGGCAUUUUCAAGGUGCCGAACUGCGGGGAGAUCAAACGGAUGCGGAUGCUGAAGAUCCCACUCCAGCCCGAGUUCGACAGCUUCGUCAAGGCGCUAUCGGACAAAGUGCGUGAAAAACGGCAGCGCGAGCUCGAACAACGCACCCAACACGAAAAUGAAACCGGGGCCGAGGAUGAUUCGAGCAGCCCUCCCGGGAAGCAUCACAAAGUCGAGCGAAAUGAAAGGCUCGAGGCGUUAAAACGGGUUAAAAUGACCCAGUCGGAGCGCAGCCGCGCGUGGCGGCAGGCCGAGAUUGACGAGUUGUUGAAGGAUAGCUAUUACGUCAAGAAGGAACGUCAAGGGCGGGUGAACGCUCGCGUGGUGGAUGAGAAAAUGGGUGUAAACGCCAUUGAAAAUUCCUUCUUGAGCUCCCGUGAGCGGCAAGAGGCCGCGAAGGUUCGCCACCACAGCAGAUGA